GCCCCUCCCGCCGCGCCGCUGACGUCGCCCCCCACCCCGCCUCCCGGGCCCGCCCUGGGAUUGGCUGCCGAGGCGCCCACGUGACCGCGGCCCGGAGGCCAGCCAUGGCUUCACUGUGGUCCGCUCCGCCCUGCAGCCCGGACUCGGGGCCGGAGCGCUAGAGGAGGAGGAGGAGGAGGAGGAGGAGGAGGAGGAGGAGGAAGGCGAGCGGCGGCGGCGGCAUGGGGGAGAAGGCGGGAACCAGGUAGGAAGGGACCCAGGCGUCCGGGCGCCCCCCCCCGCCAAGGGACCCAGGAGUCCGAGACCCCCCGAGGAGGGGCCAGUGGUCCCGGACUCCCCCCUCCGUCCCCUGACCAAAGCGCCCCCACGCUGGGGGACCCAGGCGUCCGAGCGCCUCUUCAAGACUUCUCCCCUCACCCCACCCCUCUGGAGAACCCAGGUGUCCUGGCCGCUGGCUGGAGCCCCUGCUCCCCCCGAGGACCCAGGCGUCCGGGUCCCAGAUUGCGCAGAAGGGCUGGGGGUUCUUGGGGGGGGCGGGUGGACUUGGCUGCAAGGAGGGGGCCCCGCCGUCCUCCUGGGGGGCUGCCGUGCCUGAGCCAGGAGGCAUUGGGGUACCAGGCGGGGGGGGGCUGGCAGCCGCCCCAGCACCCAAAGGCUCUCCUGCCAUUUCCCCCGGGGGGGGACCCCCUUCCCCGCCCAGACUCCUGCCAGCUGGCAUGUCUCUUCCCAAUGCUUCUUGCGGGGGUGCCCUUUCUCUCCCCCCCCUUUGCCUUGGGUGGGGCAGAAAAGAGAAGUUACUUCUCCCUCCCUCCCUCUCUCCCCUCCGUUAUUUACUUUUAUUAGUUGGCUAUUAACCUCUUCCCGGAGCCAGGCGGGAGUUGGCACCAGAGCCCCAGAUGUUGUGGGGGGAGAGGGAGGGCCGGCCACGUCCGCCUGUGUACACACAACACACACAAACACACACACACACACUCUGGCCUCUGGACCCGGAGCUGAGAGGGGGCCGGACCCGGCCAGGGCGGUUAUUCCCCUUUAUUAGUUGCAUUCAUACCCUGCGCUGGGAGCUGAAGGUGCUUCUUCAAGACUCACACCAGCCCUGCGAGGCCCAGAGGCAGACACUGGCUGCCCCCUUCGGGAUGGCCAAGUGGGCAGGAUUGGAACCCUGCUCCCCCCAAGGCCCUCACUCAUCCCCAUUCCAUCCCCAGGACAGCCCUGCAAAGCGGGCACAGCCCCCCAGGCUCUUUGGGCGGUGGGCGGAAAUCAAACCCAGGUCUGAACUCUACCCACUCUGCCUGCUUUCCUCCACUUGCUUCCAGACACAAAGCCCCAAACAGGAUGAUUUUCCAGCGCAGAGGGGAGGGGGAGAGAACGAAAACGCCCUAUUUAUAAGGAAGCAGUUUCUCGCCUCCCCAUCUCUGCACAAAAACAGGAAGUCAUCUGCAGGGUGACAUUUGGAAGAGGGUGUAAAUAACUUUUUCUGCUCCGCACCCGCCGUCCCUCUGGACAGCUCUUCUUCCGCUCUGCCAGGCUCCCCCCCCCCAACACAGCCCAGGAUGGAGGUUUCUGCACCAACAUGCAAUAGGAUGCAGCGCCGCUCCCUGCGGGGAUGGCCAGCCCCCCUUGAACUUCGGAGAAAGGAGGGGCAGAUGGCAGGUCUCUCUGCCUCCCCGGUUUUCCUGCCCUGAUGAAUCCUCCAUUGGGCUUCCAUAGGGCAGGGAGGGAGGUGUGUUUAUAAGGGGGGGCCCUGUAGCUGCAGAGCUGGAAGGGACCCCCGACCGAUCCGCAGCAGGCAGCUGCCCCACCUCUGCUUACAAAAUUCCAGUGAAGGAGAGCCCAGGCAGUAGAGCUCUUUGUCUCAGGGUUGUGAGUUCGAGUCUCUUGUUGGGCAAGGCAUUGCACGGGGUGAGGCCAAGUCUAGAUUCCAAGGUAGAAACAUUGGCCUUUGCUGAGGAGACGGUUCUGGGGAGGGGUCCUGAGAGCCUGUUCCCCACCCCUUUCCCUCCCCCUUUGGGGCAAGAGCCCCCCCCCAGGAGAACAGGAUAUUUGGAAUAAGUGCAGCGUGUUCUUAAAUUCUCCUGCAUCACCAUCCCGUUCCUUUUAAGGUCUCAGAGCGCUUGUGCCAAAAGUUUGGAUUGGGGGGGGCAAGGAAAGAGAUGGCUGGUUUAUUAUUAUUACUUUUCCAGAUGGGGCUCAUGGGGGCUGCGAUUUGUGAGCUCAGUGGCACCCGCUCCAGGUUCAAAUCCUGCAGAUGGCAUUUCCAGGCUGGGGGAGACUCCUGGCCUGGGUCCGUCCAGAGAGCAGCAGCUGCCAGCCCGUGUGGGCACAGCAGAGCUGGCGGGACCCCCAGCGACAGCCUCUGUCUCUGCUGGGCUGGACACCCCCCCCCCGCCAUGCCCAGCCCGGAAAAGAGGUUCCCCAGCGGACUUUGCCCUCCCCACCCAACCCCUUGACAACAGGGUGACAGCUGCUCCCGUUGCUGCGGCAACCCUCAGGCACCUGGUCCUGAUGCGGUUCCCACGGCAACACAUUGUACUAAGCCCUGCUGGUGGUGGAUUUCUGUUCCUGGGGGAGAGAGGGAGCCGGCCUGAGCAUUGGAGCAUUGGAUAAUUUAAUGGUGGGGAGAGGAGAAGGGGGUGGUGGGAGGGACGGUGUUUCUUUUUUGGAGGGGGUGUCCUACUUGGGGGGGGGGAGAUGCUGCACGGGCCCCACUUAUCCUAACUGCCUUGUCCUCUUUCUCCCUCUCUGCUGUUGAAAACAGGGUUUUCAAGAAGUCCAGCCCCAACUGCAAAGUAAGUGACCCCCUUUCACCCGGCUUCUCCCCCUCCCUCUGCAAAACACCCCCUUCCCAGACUGAUGGGUGCUGUACAAAUAAUAAUCAUAAUAAUAAUAAUAUUAGCAGUAGUAUUUCCUGCAAAGUCAGCCCAAAUCCUCCGCUCUGAGCUUGGUGCCUGGGCAAAAAGGCACGUUUAACGGUUUAUUCAUGUGGCCUCCUCUCUCCGCCCCCCCCGCCAUCUCUCCCUUUGUGGGUUUCCUGUCAGCCGCCCUCCCCCUCCCAGCUUCCUUCCUCCCCAACAGGCAAGCGCGACUCUCGAACCAGGAACUGAGUCCCGCCUGCCGCUGCCUCUCUCUUUCUCCUUGCUCUGCGCACUCUGCUUCUCCCCCCCCCACCUGUCAGUCGCCCGAUAACCCCCCCUCGUUCUUUGCGGGUGGCGCUCCUUCUCUCCCCACCACGUGCAGCAAAAAGGAUCUCUUGCGUUAGGGUCUGGCUGGUGGAUCAGGCCCACCCAUCCCAGCAGCCUCUUCUCGCAGUGGCCAACCAGAUGCAAAAUACACCCUUUCAGGAUUCGAACUCGGGAGCAGCUUCUCCCCUCUUGGAGUUUCCAGUUUGCUGCCUCUGGAAGCAGAGCUUUUGCAUAUUCCAUCGCAUUUAAUGUCCAUCCGCUACCCUCCUCCAUGAUUUUUAAAAAUUCAUCCAGGUUGGUGGGCCAUUGCUGCCUCCUGUGGCAGGGAGUUCCGCAGUUCAACUCUGAAUGAAGAAGGACUAUUCUCUCUCCUGCGUCUUCCAGCAUUCAGCCUCCUUGCAUGUCAUAGUAGGGGGAACUUUUCUCUGCCCAGUUUCUUCAUGCCAUGCAUAAUUUUGCAUUCUUUAUAAGUUGAUUUUAUAAACUUAGUUGCACAAGAACACCCCCCGCCUCACCCUUGCCAAAAGAGAUCUCUCUUCUUGCUGAUGGGGUGUGGGAAGGGGGGGGAGAGGUACAGAUUGGGGGGGCCUGGCUUUUCAGGGAGUCUGAAGGAGGAGAGUUGGGCUCCCGCACUUUGCAGGGAGGGCACGGAGGCGAUGAACUGGAAAAGUCCAUUUUUGAGCUGGUUGCGGGGGGUGAUCUUGAGGGGUUGAGAAAACCACUGUUGGUGCAAGGGAGGGGGAAAGCGCCCUUGUGGUGAUGGUGGGGCUUUUGUUUGGGGGGGGCAGCGAGGAACCUGCUUUCGAAGCAAAACACCUGGUGGAAUCCUGAAUCUUGGGCACGGCAGCUGAGAGGCAAGGAUGGAGGCAGGCAAACACAUAUCUUUCCUUUCUUUCUUUCUUUCUUUCUUUCUUUCUUUCUUUCUCUUUCUCUCUUUCUCUCUCUCUCUCUCUUUCUCUCUCUCUCUCCCCCCCCUUCUCUAUCCUGGUUUAUUAGGGGGUUGGGCUAGAUGAGCGCUGGGGCAUCUCUUCUUCGGAGGUUCUUAAGCGAGGCCCGGGUGCCCCUCUGCCAGGGAUCCUCUGGCUGUUCUUGCAGCGUUUCAGGGGGUUGGGCUAGAUGUCCCCUGGGGUCCCUCCCAAGCCUCCAACGCUCUUUGUUGACUCCCGGCGUCUCCGUGGUGAUGCUGCCCCCCCUCCCUCCCUGGGGGGCAACCCACAACGCAGACUCCAGGCAGGGUAGGGCAGCCAGAAAGCGCUGCAGGCCAAACAGCGUUGGGGGCUGGGGGGGGAGUGAAGGGGGGGCAGCUGGGACCAACGGAGGACGUGGGGAGGGCAGGAUGGAGCCCCUGGAGCUGGACCGGAUCUGGUGCGAGGUGCCGCCUCGGGGGGUGCAGGUUUAUCGGAAGCAGCUCAGCAGCCAGGUGGGGCUCUUUGGCGGAUGGCGAUGGGGGGGGGUCCUUCCUUGCAGCUUCCUCCCCCAAAAAGCCACUUGCAGGUUAUGGAUUUUGGUCUGGGAGGAGGAGGGUGGGGCUGGAAGUGUGCUUAAGGGGCCCCAGUUCCAGGUCUUGGGGGAGGAUGAGGAGAAGACGGGGGGCCUUGGCUGUGUGAGGGGGGGCAGACACUUGAUUUCACAAGAUUUGGGGUAUUUCCAGUGUCCUAUGACCCUUAUCUGUGCCACCGAUACAGAAUCGGAGAGCCGUAGGUUUGGAAGGGCCCCCCAGGUGUGACGCAGCCCAACCCCCUGGCAUGCAGGAGCCGCAACCAAGGAUCCCUGACAGAUGCCCCCCCCCCGACCUCUGCUGAAAAAUCCCCAGGGAAUCCGGGAAUUGUAGAGUCAGGCGGGGCUCCCGAGGGCCAUCUAGCCCACCCCCUGCCAUGUUGGAUUGGGGGGAGGGGCUGUUUCCCUAGAGAUGCCCCCCUUGGAGGAGGUGUCCCCUCUCGUCUCCACCUAAUGGGGGUCUGCCUCUCCUCCCUCCAGCUCACCGUCUACCUGGGCAAGAGGGACUUUGUGGACCACCUGGACAGAGUGGACCCCGUAGGUGAGUAGGGGGCAGAGGGGGGGAGAGCCCCUGGGGCAGUCGGGGGUGCAAGGGGGGAGAAGAGGAAAGUGAGUUAUGGGGUGGGCCCUUCCAAUUUAUUUGGGGUCCAUCAAAGUCAUCCCCCCCCCGGCUCCAUUCAGGGGACAUUGCCUUUUUAAAAACUGCACUUUUAGACCCCUUUAUUUUCCCGCAAGGAGCUCAAGACUGCAGGAAGGCAGCGCCUGGUCCCUGAUUCCCCCCCCCGGGGGGUCACAGCUUCCAAGUCGGAGCAUUUGAACCCGGGUCUUUUUUAAAGCAAAGGGCUUUAAUAGUGCUGUGCUGCUGUAGUUUUUAAUUACAUGUACCGUAUUUUAAUAGGCAUGGCUUUCAAGUAUUCUUGCAGUUCUGUUAGAGUCUGAUCACAUUUUUCGACAGCGAUAGUAGAUCAUAGAGGUAUACCUUAAUAAAUUCGGAUACUGCCCUUCACCUGUAGAUCUUAGCACAAAAUUACAAGACCCAAACCCCAAAUGUGUAUUGAAACGAAUACAAAACCAAAGCAAUACCUGCCCCACAAACACACUGAAAAUUGUAUAGGGUAUUAAUCAGCUUUUAGCUUUUUGUAUCGUAACUUUAUUGGUUUCAUUUUGUUUAUUCCAUGAAAUUUAUACACUGCUUUAUUUUUAUUUAUUUUAAAAACACCCCCCCCAAUAUAAACAAUAAACUUAUCAAUAAGGAAGAAGAAUAACAGGAACGACUUAAUAAUCUGCGCAAGCUGACUUAUUUAACAUUCGUCGCUUGUCGCCCAAAGACACACACACACAAUGCCAUAAACUGUGCCUGCUUUUUAAUUGUUAAUUUUAAUCACCUCAUUUGUUUAUUCACUGUUUGCCCCUCUCUGCAUUCCACGGGAUCCUGACCGCAGCACGAUAAAACGCAGCGUCAGAAAUGUAGGCAGCAAUGAAAUUGCAAUUUAAAGUCCGUGAGACUAGUUUGGGUGUAUGUGUAUGUGUGGGAACCAUUUCAUUUUAUAAUGUGGAACCAAAUGGAGAGAACCGUCCUGGGAACAGAUGGAAACCCAAAGAGGGGAAACUGUAAAAUGGGGGCAUGGAAUGAGGCCAGUUCCUGGGGGGGGGGGGGAUGACAGGGGUCCCAAGUAAAGGCCUUAUCAGAUUAUCAAGUCUAGAACCGGGGGCUGGGCUGGGGCUGGGGCGUGUGUGUUGCUGUUUGGGCUGCACCAGUCCAGGGCGACGUGGGUGGGAAUGGAGGUUUGCACUCCCCCCCUCACCCCCCUGUUUCUUUUCUGCCCCCUUAGAUGGUGUCGUUCUGGUGGACCCUGAAUACCUCAAGGAGCGGAAGGGUAAGCAGGGGGGCAAGGAGAGGGGCCGGUGCUUGAAUUUGGGGGAGCACGGAUUUCUGCUUGUUUGCCUUUAUUUAUUUAUUUAUUGUGCAUUUUGUAGAAUCAUAGAAUUGGAAGGGCCCCCCGGGGUCAUCUACUCCAACCCCCUUCAAGGCAGGAAUCUCACCUGUUCCUCCAAGGAGCUCAAGGUGACUUGCGUAGUUCUGUCUCUCCCCCCACCAUCCAGUCCUCACAACAACCUUGAAAGGUAGGCUAGGUCUCCACUGGCUCCCGGUGGAGUCCAGGAUCAGGUUUAAGGUGCUGGUUUUGACCUUUAAAGCCCUAUGUGGCCCAGGACCCUCGUACCUACGGGACCGCCUCUCCCGGUCUGUCCCGCAGAGGAACUUACCGUCCUCAAACAAAAACAUCUUGGAGGUCCCGGGCCACAGAGAGGUCAGGCUGGCCUCAACCAGAGCCAGGGCUUUUUCGGCCGUGGCCCCGAUCUGGUGGAACGCUCUGUCCCAAGAGACCAGGGCCCUGUGGGACUUGACAUCUUUCCGCAGGGCCUGCAAGACAGAGCUGUUCCACCAGGCCUUUGGCCAAGGCACAGCCUUUGGUAAUCCUCACAGAACUCUAGCCCAAUGGUUGCCAUUAAUUUGAUUCUGAACUUAUUUUCGAAUGUAUUUUAAUUAAUUUACUGUGUGAUUUUAUGUACACUGUGCUAUUUUUACUUGUUUCUUAAAAAAAAAUGUAUUUAAAUAUUUUAUUUUUUACCAACCACCAAAACACAAACAGUGAAACCCCCCAGGCAGCUGAUACAUUGGGUAUACAUAUUCAAUAAUAUACAUAUUCAAUAAUAUUCAAUAACAUAUUCAAAUCAGCCAUAUGUACACUUCUAUAUACCUUAACACUCCUCCCUCCACAAGGUUUAUUUAACGUUUAACAUUUUAAUUGCCCCAAAUUGUUCAGACCUACCCAAAUAAUUCAGUAUCUUCUCAAACCAAUCCUCAUUUUUACUUGUUAGCUGCGUUGAGCCCAGCUUUGGCUGGGGAGGGUGGGAUACAAGUAAAAAUUUAUGAUUAUUAUUUAUUGAAGUCACAGCCAGCAAGCCGAGUGGGGAUUUGAACCCUGGUUCCUCCCAGGUCCUAGUCCUCAGGGAAUCCCCACGACAGCUCUGGGAGGGAGGCCGGGCUCAGAGGCAGCCCCUGCCGCCUCUCCCAGGUCACGCCCUUGCAGGGAGCUUAUUCCAUGACCAAGUGGGAGGAUUUGAACCCACGUCUCUCCCAGGUCCCAAGGCUCUAACUGCUGCACUCUGGGACCUGCUUGCGUGUAGAAAAAGAAACUCAAAGCGGUUUACAAAAAUAAAAAUGGAAAAUAACUAUUUAUUUCAGGGUGCGGUAUAUCGCUAUAACAGUUAACAAUUACAUAUAUACUUACCUAAUAGAGAUGUUAUCCAAACAGUUAUUUCUAAUACAAUUUUUAACCUACUGUAUUUUUACAAAAGAGUUCCAAAUCUCAUCUCUAAGCAAUCUGCUCACUGACGGCAGGGAUAGUCAGAUCUUCAAUCUAUUGAUUAAUUGGAGCGGUACAUUAAUGAUAAUAAUUUUAUUAUUCAUACCUUGUCCAUCUGGCUGGCUUACAUCUUCGCAAUGCAUCAAGAUCCGUCUUUCGGCCCUAGUAAGGGCACAGAAAAUCAAAUCUAAUCACGUUGCCAAAUCUCAUAUAGUAGGUAUGUCGUUCAAGAGAAUAUUAUCCUCUGAAAAUAAAUUAUUGAUGGGAAAAAUUAACAGCAAUAAUUUAAAAUGUUCGAAAGGUCGAAAUGGCAAAAGUCUGGAUGCAGGUUAAAACUCGCAUCGACUUUUGAAAUGAAACUGCUUUUAUCGGGUGCAGAAAGUGUUCAGGUGAGGCCAAUAUCAAUAGGCAGGCAGUUCCAGAGUUCUGCCACAUUAAUUUCUACAGAGAGAGAGUUGCAGGAGACCCGUCUCUGUGCCAUUUUAAGUCGUUUUUGCAAGCAAAGCCCUUUGAAUUCCCAAAAUCCCAAUUGUGCCGUCUGAAGAUGGUAUUCAAAUGGGUGAAGAUUUGUUCUGUCUAAUUCCCGCACUCCCCGCCAAGCUCAGGGAAGCCUUUUCAGAGAGAAAAAAUUAAAACCGUCAGCCUAGAAAAGAGAAGUAUUGUUCUCCCGCUCUCAGAAAAGAGAUUUUCCCUGCUCCUGACGCCAGUGAAGUUGGCAGCUGUUUGGGGCUUGAUGGGAGCCCAGCAGGGCUAAUCUGGGAAGUAAAAGCAGGUGUAAACUUUACAUUUAUGCCUGGAAAUGAGUGUCUCUCUCUCUUUUUAUAAUAAUAUAUAAUAAUAAUUAAUUAUUUAUACCCGCCCAUCUGGCUGGGUUUCCCCAGCCACUCCAGGUGGCUCCCAACAGAAUUAGUGAUGAUGAUGAUAAUAAUAAUAAUAAUAAUAAUAAUAAUAAUAAUAAUGCGAUACAACAUCAGACAUUAAAAACUUCCCUAAACAGGGCUGCCUUCAGAUGUCUUCUAAAAGUCAGAUAGUUGUUUAUUUCCUUGACAUUUGAAGGGUGCCACUACCGAGAAGGCCCUGUGCCUGGUUUUUCUGUCUCCAGUCCUUAAGAUGCUCCAAAUUGCUCAGUGUCUGAUCAUUUGAGGAGGGCGGGGGCAGCAGAGGAAACUUAUCUGGGUAAUUCUGUGGAAAAACGGUCAACCUACAAACCCAUUUUUCCUGUUCACAAGUGGUCUCUAUACUAUCCUGAAGAUAAUUCAGUUCACAGUUUGAUUAUCAGUCAUUCUGCGCAAGAUUAGAGCAGCUGGGAGUGUGAAAGGAAGAUGACUCAGAAUUUCUCUAAUUCUCUAAUUUCUGCUCAAGACCUCGCCAGAGAAAACAGGCAGUAGGUUAACGACCCUGGACUGUACUGAUAGUUUUGCUUCCUCCUCUGGGGAACUGAUAAGAAGUGCCAUGCUAGGGGCGGAGAUCAGGUGCCUGGAGGGCAAGGAAAAUUGCGUUGCUUGAGCAUGUUACUACGCUGGUCACGGCGGAAUCGCCCCCUGAUUUCCGUCACUGAGCAGAAGUGGCGAAGCCCUUGCUUUCUGCAAAACCGCAAAAUCCUAAAUGCCUGGGUUGCAUCUUUGGGGGGGGGGAGAGAACAGUUUCCUGUUUCCCGUUCCCCUUUUCUGCGCUUGCCCUCCCCUUUGGCUCCUGUGCUGUGGGACUUGGGGGGCCUGACCCUGUCCCCCUUCUUCCCCCGCAGUCUUUGUGACGCUGACCUGCGCCUUCCGCUACGGCCGCGAGGACCUGGACGUGCUGGGCCUCUCCUUCCGCAAGGACCUCUUCCUGGCCUCCUGGCAGGCCUUCCCGCCCCCCGAGGAGACCGCCGAGCCCCUCACCCGCCUGCAGGAGCGGCUGCUGCGGAAACUGGGGGCCAACGCCCACCCCUUCAGCUUCAUAGUAAGAGAGGGACCAAGCCCACUCAGCCUUUGCACCCCAAAAAUGCCUGCAUUGUAGGGGGUUGGGAUAGCUGCCCUUUGGGGGGCCCCCCUUCCAACUCUCUGCAGUUCCGUGGCUCUAUGAUUUCCUUUCCCUCCCCUGUCACAGAAUCAAAGGGCUGUCAGGUUGGAGGGGAACCCAAGGGACAUCUAGCCCAACCCCUGGCUUUGAAAGUUGCCAUGGAAGGCGCCUGCUGCAUUUCCAGUGGCAGGGAGUUCCGCAGGGCUGUUACCUCGGUUUCUGGUCUCUGCGCAUGGGGUGGAGAAAGUGGCAAGGGAGGAAAGUGGGGGAGGGGGUCAGGGACUCGGAGGAGAAGUCCUUGGGGUGGGGGCCCCUUGGGUAUGGGGUUGGUGACCCCAAAGUUGGAGUUGAGGGGGCAAACUUUUGCACUGCUUUAUUUCUUUCUGCGCCCCACAGAUCCCACAGAACCUGCCCUGCUCUGUGACGCUGCAGCCGGGUCCAGAGGACACAGGAAAGGUAGGGGGGUUCUGAAGGGGUGGGGGCAGAUUUUGGGGGUUCGGGGCAUAGAACCGUGUGGAUUCUGCCCUGAAAGCAGCAUAUGGGGCAGAGCUGCUUAUGGGGCAGCUUGGGGGGGGAACCACCAGUGCCACUAAGUGGACCCCCCCAAUUUCCUCCUCCUCCAGGCUUGCGGUGUCGAUUUUGAGAUCCGGGCUUUUUGUGCCAAAAUUCAAGAUGAGAAGAUUCACAAAAGGUGAGCCAGCUUUGCAGGGCUGUUCUUCACGGGCAAACAAAUCCUUUGGCUGAGAAACUGCAAAAAAACCCCCACAGAUUUAUUGUUAUUUUGGGUGUUACGUAGCCCAGUCUUCCCUGCCAAACUUCUGGGAGUUUCCUAGAAUGGAAGACUUUCAAGGGGACCCCCAGGGGUCAUCCAGCCCAAACCCCUGCCAUGCAGGAACUGCGGUUGAUCAGGGAAGGCUGUGGGGCAGGUGGCCAAGGCUGUGUCAUUUCCUGUGAAGCCCCUUGCCCCCUUUUCCGCCUGCUUUGCCCAUGGCGGGCUCUGGGUUCGGAUCCCUGGCAGCACGUCCAGCUCAGGCCAGAAAAUACCUUUCUCUAGGGAGAAGCGUUCGGCCCGACCCUGUAUUUAAUUCUUUGCUAUUUAUUUCUUUGCCUGAUUUAUAUACUGCCCAUUAUCCUGGCCCCUUCUCUCAGACUUGCCCACCUCACAGGGUUGUUGUGGGGUUGCAGGGGGGAAGAGAGCCACCUUGAGAUUCCUAAAGGGGGGGGCUUCUGUUCAUGCAACGGAUUAAUCGGGCUCUGAACUGCCCCCUCCUCACUUGCCUUGAGGAGAACCCAGGCGUCCUGGGCCGCAGCCCCCUCCUCUUUCAGCCCCUCUCCCUUCUUGCCCCCCCCCCCGACCACAGGAACUCCGUCCGCCUGGUCAUCCGGAAAGUGCAAUAUGCCCCGGAGAAGCCCGGCCCCCAGCCCAUGGCCGAGACCACCCGCCACUUCCUGAUGUCCGACCGCUCCUUGCACCUGGAGGCUUCGCUCGACAAGGAGGUAUUUAUUGGGGGGGGGGGCUUUGCAAUGCACAUAUGUGCAUUUGCGGGGUGGGCGGGUGUGAAACGUGCUUCUGACUGAGACCCCCGCAGGCCCUCGCCACCAGUCAGGAAUCCGGGAGUCGUAGCUCAACGCCCUGCAAGGUGUGAACCGUAGCUCAAGAAUCCCUGGGCGCCCGGCCUUCUUAAAAGCAGCCCCCGUCUAGUCCCAGUCUCCCCCACCCCUACAAUAGCUGCCCCCUCCCCACAAUGCCCCCCCUGCAAGUUCCUGCAAUGAGGGAAAAGACCCUUAAAGCAUAAUAAAACACACACCAGUAUCCUCAGUGCUUUUUAAAAUAGUUGAUAAUUCUGAUUAUUUAAAUUUGCUGGAAGCCACCCAGAGCGGCAUAGAAAUACUGUAAUGUGUUAUUAUUACUAUUAUUUUAGAGCAAUUUCAUUUAUAAAAGAUAAGAGAAAAAGGAAAUACGUGAGAAAGAAGAUGCAGAAAUAAAAUCAGUACAUUUCCAUACAUUGAAAUAAAUGAUGUUGUAUCCCUGAUACGGUGGGGGGGGGAGUAUUUGAUCCCCCUGCUAAAUUUGACCGUUUGCCCUCCAACAAAGAAAUGACCAGUUCAUAGUUGUAAUGGUAGGUUUAUUGUAGCUGUGAGAAUAACAAUAGGAAAACCUCCAGAAACCCAGAAGACAAAAGUCGGAGAUUGAUGAACACCCUCCCAUUAAACCUACCAUUAAAAUUAUGGGCUGGUCAUUUCUUCGUCAGGGGGCAAACAAGCAAAUUUAGCAGGGGAUCAAAUAUUCCCCCCCCCACUGUACAAGUGUAGCUGUUCGAAACCUAAUAAGACAUUCUUUGCAAACUCAUUCCAAAUAUCACUAUACGUAUCCAAACAAAGUAUCUGUUGUCCGACUGUCAAGUUCCAUACAAUAGGUGUCUAGCAGUUCAAGAGAAUAUUUUCCCCUGAGUAUUUUAGCUUUUAGGGGGCUCUGAAAAAAGGCGUCAAGAGGCAGUGAGUUCCAAAGACGGAUCUUUUGCGAAUGUGGGACUCUUGGCAGCAAUGGUUGCAGGUUCCCUGUCCUUCUGGGGUCACCAGCUUCACGGUCGAUGUUCCCCGCUAUGAUUUGGGGGGACGGUGCCCCUUGGGGGGGGUGUUGCAAGAGAGAGGCACCAGGUCCCAGAGGGUCUUCCCUUUGGGGGCCCGCCCUUGGCCCUGUAGCCUGAGCCCCCCUUCUCUCUCCCCCCCUCCAGCUUUAUUAUCACGGGGAGCCCAUCAGCGUCAACGUUCACGUCACAAACAACUCCAGCAAAAGUGUCAAGAAAGUCAAGGUGUCCGGUAGGAAAGGGGGGUCCUGUGGAGCCGGGGGGAGCGCUUUGGGGGUUCUGCUGGUUUGGAAAAAAGGGGUGUAUGGGGGACCAGCAGCCAGCUGAGGGCCACCCCCGACACCCCCAUUUGGCACUCCCUGGACCUGGCUUCCUCCGGACGUCCCCUGACGCUUUUCCUUCCUCCCGACUCUGCAGUGCGGCAGUAUGCGGACAUCUGCCUCUUCAGCACAGCCCAGUACAAGUGCCCCGUGGCCCAAAUCGAACAGGAGUAAGUCUCCAGCCUCGGAACCGGGAUUGGGGCGGGGGGAGGCGGGGUGGGUGAUUUCGGAAAGCUCAGCCUUGCAUUCGUCAUCUCCCCAAGCGUCGAAAUGUUCGGGGACGCCCUUCUCUCCUUAAAGACUCCAGUGGAGGAGACUCCUGCAGAUCGGAUCCCAGAACUGGGUGGGAUCCCCAAGGGUCAUCCAGCCCAACCCUCUGCAAUGCCGGAGUCUCAACCAGACAGAGGGCCUUCUCGGUGGUGGCGCCCGCCCUGUGGAACACCCUCCCACCAGAUGUGAAGGAAAUAAGCAGCUAUCUUAUUUUUAAAAGACAUCUGAAGGCAGCCCUGUUUAGGGAAGUUUUGAAUAUUUAAUGUUGUCUUGUUUUUAACACUUGAUUGGAAGCCGCCCAGAGUGGCUGGGGAAACUCAGCCAGAUGGGCAGGGGAUAAAUAAUAAAUAAUAAUUAUUAUUUUGGCCCUGGCCUGACGCUGUCCCCUGCAGCCCUGCUUGCCAUGGGGGCUCAGUGGUUAGAGCAGCUGCCUUGCAGGCCGUUCCCAGGUUCGAGCCCCAAGAGGGUCCUGCCUGACGUGGGCUGGCAAACAGCCUGACUCAGUAGAAAGCAGCUUGCGCCGUUCCUGCCAGGCGGGCCGCACUGGGCCGGCAGGGACCUUGACACCUCUCUCCGGCUUCCCCCGCCAGCGAUCAAGUGGCGCCCAGCUCCACCUUCUGCAAGGUCUACACCCUGACGCCGCUGCUGAGCAACAACCGGGAGAAGCGGGGCCUGGCGCUGGACGGGAAGCUCAAGCACGAAGACACCAACCUGGCCUCCUCCACCAUGUGAGUCCAGCAAUUCAAGGCUGGGACCCCCAGGGGUCAUCCAGUCCAACCCCCCGCGGCUAAAGGAUCUUAGGACUGCAGAGGGACCAAACGGGUUGCAGACCCCUGGUGGGGGGGAGGGGGCAGGAGGUUCCGGGGGGGGGUGUUAAGAGGCACGGGGACAGGGAAUAUCGGACACUGCAGAGCUGCUCACCCUGGAUUGCUGGAUUGAUUGCACUCAGUACUGCCAGGUGUUCUCUGUGGGGCUGCCCUGGGUACCGGAUGCUGCAGCACGGUUGCUGACAGGAGGGGAGACCCAGUCAGCACACAACCCCUGUGCUUCUCAGAGAUUUGCGCUGGCCGAGUUCCAGGUGUUACUCUUAGUAUAUAAAGCCCUUAAAAAGGGGUUGGACUAGAUGUCCACUGGGGUCCCCACUAAUUUGUUGAGGCUGUGAUUCUAACAACUUGGGACCAGCUUCUCUGCGAGAUCACUUGACCGCCUUGAGUCUUCAGGGGAAAAGGUGGGGCAUAAAUAAAUAAAUAUUAUUAUGAUUAUCAAUAAUAUAUAGUGGUAGCAGCAACACUUUGGAACCCCCUGCCUUGAUAUCUUCCCGCACAGUUGCCUUCACUCUAUUCUUUUUGUCUCAACAUUCCUGUUGAGAUGAGUUUGCACAAGUUUCAGUCUAUUCUGCUGCGGUUUUAAACGGUGCUUGCAGUGUGUUCCAUUGUGGUUUUGCAAUUUUAGCGACAAUUUUAUUGUUUUAUCCUUUUUGUAAAACCCUCUCUGAGGCAUUUCCCCUUACAAUCAAGCGGUAUAUAAAUUUUAUGAAGUAAAAUACAGUUAGUCUCAGUUGGAUUUUGAACAAUUUGGCCAUUAGCUGCUCCUGCUUUGAGUCUUCUUUAGGGGCUCAUGCAAAAAAACCGCUGUUCUGAACAAUGCUUUUUGGAGGGGAGGGGCCCCUGGGGGUGAGUUCAUGGCACUUUGGGGAACACUGGUUUGUUAUGUGGCACAGGAGGAAUGCAUGGAUGGUGAGAAGGGGUAAGAAAUGUGAGCGUGGGGAAAAGGGGAGGCCUUUUCAGGUCAGAGCGACCCCCCUGUUUCUUUUUCCUUGGCAUUGCAGUGUGAAGGAGGGCGCCAACAAGGAGGUCCUGGGCAUCCUGGUCUCCUACCGGGUCAAGGUCAAGCUGGUGGUGUCCCGGGGAGGGUAAGUAUGAACAUCGGGUGGGUGGCUCUUCUCUCAUUGUCCCACGCACCUCCCAAAUCCCAACUCUGUUCCAAAGAGAUGUUUGGGAGAUUCCUGCUCUCUAGUAGAUCACUCCAAGUGCAUUUAAAUUUGGUUAGAUUUUGCAUCGGCUCUUGCCCACUUUCAAACACACACCUAGGCUAGAAUAAAUCACAGGCACUUGGCAUUGCAGAUAAGUGGAUAUUUUGGGGUUCUUUUAGAAGUUACAGUCGACAAGUCGCAACAGUAAAAAAAAAGGGUGUGUGUGUGUGUUUCCAAUCAACCUAAAAAGAAGAGAACGAAAAGUAUCGUGCAAUAUUUGGGAUUUGCAAAGAUGCAGGCUGCAAAAUCUCCCCAAGGAGUUGUAGCAAACCAAGGAUUUGAAGGAAGAUGCCAGUGGAAGAUAAGUCGGGAAGUCUGUGUAAGAUUAAGAGUUGUAUAGAUGCAAUGUGCAAAAUGCAAAAUGAUUAAAUAACUAAAUAUGAAUGAAUAUAUAUAUAUCUAUAUAAAUUUAUAUAUAUUAUAUAUAUAUAGAUAUAGAUAUAUAUGGCACCUGUUCAGCCUCGACACUGGACCAGCCUCAUCCAUUUCAUAUGUCAUAUUUCAUAUGGAGCUUCCAAGUCCAGAGGCAGUCUACCUCCAUUCCCGGGUCCUACGGGGCAUUUGGCUGGGCCAGAUGGGCCCCCUUGGGCCUGAUCCAGCUGCAGGCUCUUCUCACGAUCCUCUCCCGCCCCCCAGGGAUGUUUCCGUGGAGCUGCCUUUCGUCCUCAUGCACCCCAAGCCCCCUGACCAGGCCUCGCCCACCUUGCAGCCUCAGCUGGGUAAGUCUCUGAAUCGGGGUGCAGGCCCUCUCCUACCACCCCAGAGGCAGCUGCGCUUGAUGGAAGGGGGGGCAGAAGUUUCACGGGGUAGAAAGAGGAACCUCACGCCUCCCUUUUCCCUUCCAGCCGCCCCCGAGACGGACGCCCCCGUUGACACCAACCUCAUCGAGUUUGAAACCAAGUAAGACAAGUCUGGCCCUUUCCCUGGGGGCUCAGAGGCCAGCACCCACAAGGCCCCGCUCUCGGGGAUGGGGGGGGGCCCAGGCUGGGCCCAGAGCGUCUCUCUCUCUCUCUGUGCCUAGUUAUUUCCCAUAUAUUGACCCAAUUAUUUAGUAGUAUUACUUAUUUUCAUACCGCCCUUCAUCCGUAGAACUCAGGGCAGUUCCCAGCAUAAGAACACAAGAUGGAAACCCAAAACGCGCAAUAAAAACAAAGCAAAUAAUAUGAUUUAUUAUUGCAUUUAUACCCUGCCUUUCCUCCCAGGUUGUUCAAGGGAAUGUACCUUGUUGUCCCCCUCCCCUUCUUAUCCCCCCCAACGACAACCCUGCGAGGGAGGUUUGGGGGCCCCAGUCACCCAAUGGGCUCCCCAGUCCUAGUUUAGAACUUACAACACCCUGAAAUUUCUAUUUUCUAUUCUGCUAGUUGGAAUGGUUGUUUUUUGGUUUUUUUUAAUAUAGGGCAGGGAUAAUAUAGGGGGGAGCCCACAAACCCCCUUUGAGGACUUCUACGGGGUGUCUGCAUUGCCCAUCUAACACUUUAGGGGUGGGAGGGAGUUUAAUUGGGGUGGGGGGUUUAAAAGUGGAGAAUCUGGGUCAGCAUUUGGGGAAUGGAAAGGAGAACCCACAAGGAGGAGGGGACAGCUGCAAGGGCCCCCCUCCAAUUCAGCCCCCCAGGAAAGGAGCUGGAGCUCUGGGUCUUACUCAGAGAGCGACCAGCGGCAGUGUGGUGCAGUGGUCAGAGCACGCGGGUUUGAAUCUCUGCAUGCCUGGGGGUCUGGUUUCUCCCUUUCAGCCCCAGCCCACCUGGCAGGGUCGUUGCUGCAGAAAAGCGGAGCGAGGAAAUUAUGGGAUGUAGGAAUGCAGGGAAACAAGCAAUCUUUUACGGGUGCAAAGGGGAAAGAAAAGCCGCCGUUUUUGUGCAUAUCCGAAGCAGCCUGACUCUGCCCCCGUUUUCUCCUUUCCUUUUUCUCCCCCCCCCCAGCUACGGGCAGGACGACGACAUUGUGUUUGAAGACUUUGCCCGCCUGCGCCUGAAGGGGCUGAAGGACGACAAGGAAGAAGACGACCAUUUUUGCUAGGGAGGGAGGAACACCCCCCCUCGCCACCACAGGUCCAGCCAAGUGGGGGGGGGGCGGAGAGAGAGGAAAGAGCCGAGAAAUGGCCCCCACCCCGUACGAAUGUCGCCUCAUCCUCUACUCCCCCCUCCUUCCUUAUAGGAGCCAUCACCCCCCCGCCUUGUGUCUUCAUGCUGUAUUUGGGGGGGGGGCUUUUAAUGUGACUAAAAAUGGAGGGGGGAGGGCCGCCACCUCCUCUGCCCCCCCCAGCUUUUAAUCUUUAUCUGCUGCUGCGUAUCUUCUCCACAGAUGGAUUUUAACGCCACCGUCCUCGUCCGUCCCCCCCUCCCAAAUUUUUGUCUAACGCACUGGAACAUUUAUUGGGCAUUAUCGUCUGACUGUCGUAUCCCCCCCCCAAAAGCACCACGUUGUGUGUGUCUAAUCUCUCUGGGCAACCCCCCCUCUCCCCACCUGCUCUUUAUAUAAAUGUCUUAUUUUUAAAUGCUGUUUUAACUGGUUAGGGAAAACAAUUGGUCAGUUGAACUCUCUCCUCUUUCGCUUUUAAAAAAAUCAGUGGGGGCUGGGAGGCCCCUUCUGUCUGUCUCCCCCCCCUUCUCUUUUUCAACCCCCCCCCCUCCAGAGAUGUGCGUCUGCUGGCCAAGGGGGCGUGAGCUGAGCCCGUCUGCCUGGGAUUGGGGGCCCCGCCCCAUGCCCCCAAAUGCCGAAGGGGGCAGGUGUGUGCCAACGUCUCUGUGCUUUGUGCCCAGUUGUGUCCCCUCCCAAAAAAAAACCCUUGCAGGGCUGCCCCCCUGUACAAACAGGUGCAGGGCAGGCAAUGCGUGUAAAAAGAAAUUUUAAAAAGGCCAUUAUUGUUUCCUACAUUGUCUGAGCAGAGAGCAACAAAUGAAAAUUAAAAAACGGUUAACAG